CUAUUAAGCACUUUGAUAUAGUCAGACCAGGUUUGGCCAAUAGUAGAUGAAAUAUCAGGUAGGCGUUUAAAGUCAUACAAAUUGCUUUGUGUAUGAGGCUAAGUAUAUUUUGAUCGGUAUUAUCAGUAAUAUUGUAUUGACUACGCGUGCAUGCAAUUUGGGAAGUAUUUUUAACCGAUGUCUGCAUACGAUCCAUUCAGUAUUCAUAAUGGAGGUACUCAUACUUUCAAUGGGACAGAAACUAUCAGUCGGAUGGUGGUGGAUGGAAAUUAUAUUGAUGGGUCUUGGGAAUUAUCUGUUCGCGUUGAAGACAUAAACACAAAUGUUUCAGUACGUGUUUCGGGUGAUCUGCCACUGGGUGGUUUGAUGCAUCUAAUUGUCGAAAAAGUGAAGUUACAACAAAGUUGGUCAGAUCAUGCAAUAUGGUGGGUCGAUAGAAAUGUAUGGCUUUUGCAGAGCCGGACAACAUUGGAUCAAUAUGGAAUUCAGUCGGAUGCUAGAUUGGUGUUUCAUCGUAUGCAUAACGAUGUUCAAAUAGUUUUACCUUCUUUAACUCCUCUAGUACUUCGUGUCAAUUAUGCCGCCCGGUUGUUUACUGUGGUUCGGGAUAUAUGUAAAGAACUAAACAUACGACAUUCGGAGGAAUUAUCUUUAACACUUCCUAUCACUAAAAAUAUGCUUAAAACAAAUUGCCCAUUACCGACUAUUCGUCCAGGCUUGCGACGUCCUGGUUUGCCCAAUCCAAGAAAUGAUCAAUCUUCUGUUAAAUCGAAGUUCCCUUCACCUGCGUCUUCAAUUUAUCCUACAGUUGAUGGACAAAAAAUUAAUCCGUAUAACACAUUGAAUUCAAAUGCUGGUACAAUAAUGCGAUUUAAAUCUGAUAACUCGUUAGAUCAAGAAAGACUUGAUUUCGCUCGCUAUGCUGACUGUUCAUUGAGACGUUCUGCAAAAGCAGUGUUUGCCGAUAGCUGGUUAAUGAAACCCAAGAAUUUAGUCCAAAAAGCACGGCUGAACAGUGGAUGGUUAGACUCAUCUCGGUCACUUCUAGAACAAGGGAUUAAACCAUCAUCUUUGGAACCCGAUAGUCAUAGUCCAUCUAGCCCUCCAACUUUAUAUCUGUGCUUCAAAUAUUUCACUUUCUACGAUGUGAUUUUGAAAUAUGACGCUGUUCGUAUUCAUCAGCUUUAUGAACAAGCUCGGUGGUCUCUUCUGUCUGGCCAGUUUGAUUGUACAGAGGAUGAGAUGGUUGUUUUUGCCGCCUAUCAGCUGCAAGCCGAGUUACAGUCUGCUGCUGUCAAUCAGCACUUAUGUAUCACAAACUUCCCAGAUAUGAAUAAUACAAAUCCUUAUUCAACUUUAGGUGCUUGUACAACUGUGAGUUCUAAUUAUGUAAAUCGUAGUCCAGUUCAUGCUACUUCGAGUCCCGACUUGGCAAAAAAGCACUAUCCGCUUUAUAAUAGUGGUGGGUCAGUUUCACAGUUACCUCGGAAUUUAUCUCCAAUCAGUUCAGCUUUGGUGGAUGAAAUACCGAGUAAUGUACAUAACGUAGGUGGUGUAGACGAAGUAGAUGAACUCCUGUCAGAACUGGAACAAUCAUGUGGAGUUGCCGACGAGUCUGAACCAGUAUCACGUACUCUACAAAAUGCGAUUCGACCAACUGGCCAUGAUAUGACGGAUACUUCUGAAGUACCUAGUCUUGAAGGUUCGAUUAAAGUAUUCCGAGAUCGCUCUCGCCUCCUAAAACGUUACAAAGCGUACUGGGCUGUUAUUGUAGAAGCUCGUCUGUAUUUAUUCAAAAAUAAAACACAAACAAAAGAAUGCUUAGCUGAGUAUUCACUUCGCGAUUGUACAGUCAGUUUUGAUGUGAGUGUUGCACAUCAAAAAUACAUAAUCAAACUAUCAGUUCCUUCUAUAUUGGAUCAAAAGACAAGUAAUGGUUCUCCUCUCACUCCUUCGGGUAACUCCUCUACACCUAGGGAAUUAUGCUCUACGCGAGAAGAAAUAUGGUUGAAGUUUGAUUCAGGUGAACAAUAUGCUUGUUGGUUAGCUGCAUGUCGUCUUGGUUCUAGGGGGAAAACAUUGGCAAGUAAGGUAGCCUACAGUAAAGAAGUUGAAGCCACGUUAGAAUUACUCAAACUUCAGAUGCCUGGACCAUCUCCAGCUAUGUCACUUUCAGAAUCUACAGCCUAUUUGGGUGAUUUGACAGAUUUCUGUAAUGAACGUAUUAUUCGAAAGGCACGUUCUAAAGAUACUCUAAGACAACGUAUCACUGAAGCUCAUGUAAACAUUCGUGAUCUUGGUUUAUUAGAAGCUAAAUAUAAAUAUAUUCAAACCUGGCAACGACUGACUGAAUUCGGUCGAAGUUACUUUAUUGUACAGUUUGAACGUGGGUUACUAGGAUUGCCAAAUACAAAUAGUGGAGGGUUAUUCAGUACUCCAAUGGAUGACAUUAUAGCCAUCUGUCAGGGUCGUAUUGAGGUUGUUUCUCCACAAACAGGCGAAGUUUUAUUAACUUGGAAUUUUUCUGAUCUACGUUCAUGGAAUGUUAAUUGGGAUGCUGAAAAAGUCAUUUUAGAGUUUCGCAAUUCACAGGUAACAUUUCGACCAUUGUCGACCAACUGUAAGACAAUCGUAGAAUUUAUUGGUGGGUACGUAUUUCUUAGUCAGCGCAAUUUAGAAAAAAGUCAAGAAGUUAAUGAACGUCUAUUUCAUCGCUUGACUGGUGCAAAUGAUUGAGUUCCUGAUUUUUUGUUAAUAUCUAGAAAUAACAUAUGCUGUUGCUUAGUUUCAAGUUUGUCACUUUCACACUCACUUUAUUGUCGCUUCCAACAAAGGGAAAUCCGAAAAUAUUUUGGUGACUUUUACAUUCUCAGUACUAUCAGUUCAUUUGAUUAGACAAGCGCAGGAUUGGAUUUAUAUUCUAUUUCAAAGACUGCUAUUUUCUACAUAAAUUCUCAAGUAAGCUAUUACCUUCAUUAUUAUCUGGCACUGCUAAAUGUGAGAUUUUUUUAUUGCUGCUAUCGUCUAAUCACCAUUAUUAUCGUUAUUGUUAUAACUAUUAUUAUUAUUAUUAUUGUUAUUAUUAUUACUAUUAUUAUUAUCAUUAUUAUCAUUAUUCAUUUCAAAUUCUGAUCAAUGAUUGAAGCUUUUUCUGUGUCCACUUCUCACAGUUGAAUUUAUUUCGUCUUUUUCUUCCCCAGUUUAACUGUCAGUAUUACCACUGUACAUUGAACAAAGUACUAUGUGGAAUUUAAAUAAUAGUAUUAAAUUCUAAUAAUUAUAUUCCAUUGUCUUUCAGAAUAAGCUUUGCACUUUUCUGUAAUUUUAAAUGUUGCCUUAUUGAUUUUAUGAGUAUACUAUGUUUGUGUUUAUAUAUCCAUAUGUGUUUUUAUGUCUAUCGUAUUUUAAAGGCGAUACCUAUGCAUGUAUAUGGAUGAAUUAAUCUAUCGUUUAGCAGCCGCUAUUUUUAAAUUGCUUUCUUUUGCAAGCAUUUCUCCAUUUGGCUAUAUGUUGGUCUGUUCGAUACAAGUAGUGAAGCAACGUCACUAACACUAUCCUACUAAAUAGAAAAAGGUAUCCAAUGCAACUAACUUAUUAAUAGUGACUCAGCGUUCAUCAGUGAUUAGCUUCAAGAAUUACCUAGUUCUAGUGAAAAACCAUGACCUUUGGGGUCAGUUCUGAUGGGAACAGGAAUGGAUGAUGGUCGCAACAUAUUACCAAUUGACUAAAAUUGAUUAGCAUGUAUUUAUUUCAGUUUUAUAGCUCAGUGUUAACUUGUUCGUCAUGAAGCCCAAAGGUUCUGUGUUCGAUACUAUAUUGGUUUGAGGGUGUAUCCUAUUGAGAUGUCUUGUAUUAGGACACGACAAUUUUCCAGUGUUUAUCAAUUCUUGGUGUUUUUCCAAUUCAUCUCAAUACAUGAAAACUGGCCUCAGAAACAAUUGAAUCAGUUUUGACAGUGAUAGACAAUGGAAUAAAAGAAAUUUACCUCCUCUUUAGGUAACGUUAUCAUUUUUUGGUAAUAAUAUUCUAACUCAAUAUUCUUUCGUGCUAAUCGCAAUAAGUUAUCUAAAUGGUUAUCAAAUUAUGGAUUUCCUACUCAUGAUGAACUAAAAUAUCUAUUAAACACGGGUUCAAAAGUUGCACCUGCGGUCGUGCUUAAAUUUAUAUUGAAACGAUCACUCAAAAAAAUACUCCAGUCCAUAAAGUAUGUCUGAAAAUCCACAAUAUCACUUGCAGGAACUAUCUUCUCAAUAGGCUUUUAACUAUGUAGUCGUAUGACAUGCCACCUGUCACACUGAUUGCAACAUCUACUAUUAUUUGCUAACAUUCUGCUAACCUCAAGAAGUUUUAUGAGGUGAACGUCUUGUGAUUGCUUUUUUACGUUAUUCAUCUGUUGUGGGAGUUACAUUUGAGGAUUCACAAGUAAAGCGUGAGGAUUAAUGCCAAUGAUCUCUAGAAUGGCAAGGAUGUGAACUCUAUUUUACGCUGCCAUACUACAGUUACAUCCAAAUAUCUUCGCACAAAUGGAGACUUGUUCAAACUGUGGCUUUUAUUUUGAAAUUACUCAGUGUUUUGGCAACCAUUUUUAGUUGUAUAUUUUAUUGGUAGCUAGUGCUAAUAAUAAGUCAGAAUGAUAAUCAAACUAUUUUUCAUUCUCCUUCAGUGUUUAUUUGGUUGCCUACCUACUCUUAUUGUGCCAAGAUUUUUGGGUGUUGCCUCUCUCUCUCUAUAUAUAUAUAUAUAUGUAUAUAUAUAUAGAGAGAGACAUUUUAAGCGGUAUUUGUUACUUUAUGGUAGUUGGUAGGAUAGACGUAUGGCUAGGUCAUUGAUUUUUCUUUAGGCUGUGAAUAUAUGUUUUACGGCCUUCAGAUUACUUGAUUAUCCAUCAUAUUAUUUGUUUAUUAUUUUAGUGUUAACCGUUUGUGUGCGUGCGGCGUGUAUUUUGAAGUGUUGUUUUUUAAUGUGCAUGUAUGUGUUAUAAGUGUACAUAAUUACUACGUCUAAAAAGAUACACAGUAACAAGAAAAUUACUCAGCAUUUUAAAUAAAAAGCUUACUAGUUGAAGAAAGCAUUAGAGAAAGAUCUUAUAGAUAGUUGUGUUUAUCCUGUCUUUACCUUUUCCAGGUACAGUGGUUCUUAACUCUUUCGAGAUUUAGAAUCAGCACUUCAUAGCUCAAGGUUGUUCUAGAAUGAAAAUCAACGGUCUAAAUACAAUUAUGAAAUAGCUCCUAAAAUCUCCUGUUAUAGUAGACUACUGAAUGAUUGUCGGAUAAAUCAAUACCUAAUUGGAAUGUGUGGGACGUUAGAUAUUUUCUAGGUCAAUAUUACGAGAAGUAAGACGUUUUCCCUUGAAGAUUAUUGAAGUGUAAAUUUCAUUCAAUAAGGUAUUUCACCUAAUAGUUAUGGUCCGUUCUCAAUGCUUUCACGUAAAUCAUACAUACCUGAGGUAAAAUGGUAUCGAUUAGAACAAAAAACUCGCUUUUAUAGUUUUUUAACAUUAGUGAGUCAUAAUUCUUUUUUUAAUUAGUAUUCAUUAUCCUACGUAGUGAACUAGACUACUGUUGCGAUACUCAGGCCGAAACAGGUAUUUUUAUCAAGGGAUUAAUCCCCGAACAUUUGACCUAAGGAUCUGAUUCAAAUGGCAGUGGAGCAACAACAGAAGAUUCAGUCAUUCGUUCCCUCAAGAUCCUGGAGCUCAUGUUUACGCAUAGUUUAUAAUCAAGGUUUUUCAACCCUUAGGUAAACCCUGUGUGUCCACCAGAUUUACAAUUUCCAUCAUCUCAUUUCCCUAGAAAAAUCCCUACCAUGUGAAGGCAAUGAGUAGUACUUCUGUGGCAGAUGGUGGGAACCCGUCACCGUAUAAGAGCAUUUUGAAGAGAGCGGACUAUUUCUACCCAAAUCCGUACUCCAGCAUUUGAGGCCAGAAUGUAAGUUGGUAAUUCAAAUAACUUACUAAUGGAAACACUUUAUAGAGCGUGUUUAGAUAUUGGUACGGUGUUUCAGCGGUGUUAAGGUUGGUCAAGCCUUAUCCGGUGGAACCGAGUGGCUUUUCUGGAAAUAAUUUUCGUUUCUCAAGGCUCACAAACCCAUUGAGGGGUUUGGUUUUGUAGCGUAAUUGUUACUUCCAGGUCUUGGUGCGCAGGUAUCGCACCAGGGGCAAGUAUAGUUUACAUAGAUAUCCGUAACAUAUAAGUUUUCACCCAUGCAUCCCUUGGUAUACUCAUAGGUGUAUUUACCAUGUGAGCAAAUAUACGCCACAUGCACACCGGUAACAUACAUGUUUUCACUCAUGCAUCCCAUAGCAUACAUAUAGGUAUAUUCACCCACCCAGUAGGGUAAAUAGUCACCGCUCCCUUCGAAUGUAUUUGCUACAGCUGACUGUUACUUACAUGUUACAUGUAUAUCACUGGUACAAAGGCUUUCUCCACUGCACUUUAUGACAUACACAUGAGCAUAAACAUAUUUUUUUCAUUAUGUCUUCGACCUGAAGGGUUAGGCCGCCGAUUUUACUUGAGAUAAGGCAUAAAUUUUUCAACCAACGUUCCUUGUGCUAACCUACUCGUGUACCCUUUGUAUAUAGCUGGGUACAUGAACCCCAAAAGCCGAGGCUCAUGCAAUUUAUAUACCUAAGCAUACACAUCAAUUAGCCCGUAAGAUUUAAGAGAGCCUCGUAAAUGGAACCCAGAUAACCCGGUUUACAACAGUGGUGGAUUAGUCUGAUCUCACCGACCGCCCAAAUUAGCCAGCUCGAUUGCCCUCACUACCCAGCAGUGCCAGUCUGAGGCUUUGAGUCGGAUUUCGCUGCCUUGCCAUUGGUAUGUUUCUUUAUAUCCUAUUUGAAUCAAACCAAACAAUAAUCAAUAUCCUUAGGUCUCCACACAGACACGUUUCUGUAAAUAAGUUUCCAUAGAGUUCCACUAUUGUUAUAUAUACUGUUAUAUAUUUCAACUGAUAUCAGUCGCAAAUAUCUUUUUAAUAUUUUCUGAAUUUUUUUAUAACUCUCUUUCUGCACUUCAUAUUGUUAGAGUACUUGUUUAUUUAGUAGGUAUUUUCACAGGUUUAUUAUAAGAGAAUAAAAAUGUUUUGAACUUGCUAAAUGACUUAAUAUGUAGACUUGUGUAGACUAAGAUAAGUUCCCAUUCAAGAACUGAUUUUUAAUUAAAUCGAUAUAUAAAUUAGGUUUUCAUGAAUUAAAUGUGAGCUAGAUAUAUAUAUUUAUAGCUGUAUACAAAUAUACAACAGGAAACAGAGCAUUUCAGUGGUUUAAUUUACUAACUGUGACCAUUUGAUACUUAUUCAUUACAUUUAUAAACUUUUUCAGGCGUAAGUAGGAGUAAUCUAUGAAAGCUUAUAAAUAUUAUUGUAUUAGGUGUAGCUUUGAUUUAGGACAUAAGUACUGGUAAACAUGUAUCAAUAGCGCUUAAUUCCUACUAUGGGAGCGUAGUACGAAUUGAAUCCUUCUAUACUCUCUGAUUCUUAGUGCUGGAGAUACAAAAUACACAUCUUCGGGGUUGUGAAAAUGGUCAUAUAUUUCCGGUUUUUGAAGAUGCUAUGAUCAUAAUCCAUGUCUCGAAAAUAUACUGUUAGAUGGUCAUUUUUAUACAGAGGCUUUGAACUAUACUGGCGAGGAUCAGGUAGUUCGUUUUGAUGGUGUAAAUAGUUUGAUUUCCUUCAAACUUGGCCCAUUUUAACUUUAGUGAAGUCAUAGACUAGUAAAAACUGCACACAAAGUCUCACAGUUUAGUCUGUACCUAACUGUAGUUUACAGAUUUGGCAAAAUAUUUGUAGUAAUUUCAUUGAAAACCGUCAUUAAGAUAUUUCGAAACGCAUUUUCAAUGAAGGGAAUAAUACUAUGACUUUAUAGGCUAUGGUCCACAAGCUCUUCAAAUAAGGUACCCGUUCUAACCCGAGUUUUCUCCAAACUUCUUAGCAGAUUAAUUGUUGGAUAGUGAAAAGGGCUAGAGAUAUCCAGUGAAGUUUUCUAUCGUUUUUGUAUCUUCCUUUCUUUUUUUUUAUCUUGUUCUGCUAAUUCUCACUCUAAAAACUGAAAUGAUACAUUACGUUCUUAUAGUUCUAUGUUUUUUUCCAAUUGGUAUCGUACACUAGCUAAUGAAGAUAUCCUUUUGGGGAGUUCAUUUUCACUACUACACAACCACAAUUUCAUAUCCUUCCUAAAACACUUUCCAUAGUUUCAAUAGACAUAAUUAACUUAGUAAAUAGCUAAAAAUUUGUAAGCCUUUUUCAACGCUUUUAAUUUUGAAAUUCAUUAGACUGGUAACAUUCUUAAAGUAGGUCUAUAUAAAAACUUCAAAUGGUCGCUAUUUUCAGCCUCAUUUGUACGAAAGUUCAUGGGUGCGUAUUGAUAAAGUUCUAGAAUGAAAAAAUCAAACAAGUGACUUGAUUUUUAUCCAGUUGUUCAGUUUAUAGGAAAAACCUUUGUUGUUAUUUUGAAUGUACACUGAGGUUGUGUUUUGUUAGAAGCAAAAUGAAUGAUUUCUGUUUCUUUAUUGAAUCAUAUUCUAUUUUUUGUUAAUUUGGAAACAAACUUAUCAUAGCGUGUUUUCCAAAAAAAUCCUAUUUAAUGUUCAUCAUUUUAACGUAUUGUUGAUUGGUUUUCUGAUUUAUCUUGCUCUCAUUCUUCCAAUAAAUUGACCAAUAGAUACCCACACUCAUAAAACAAGGACAGGGUUAGCCUACUUUAUUUUAGAGACAUGUUUUUAUUUCCUUAAAGGUUAGGGUCAACGUAAAUUUUUCGGUCUUGACGAUUUAUCGAUGAACUUUCUUCAUUGUUGGGGCGAACAAUAUACUUGUGCUUUGGAAUAUAAAUGUCAAGUUCAUUGUGAAUGGGAAAAAAAUUAUUAGAUCUUUUGCAUUUUUGUUACUAAACUGAGAAAGAUACUUAACAACUCGUAUAUGUUACAUCCAUGACGAACACUAGUAAUUUGUUUAUGUGGGUAUUUAAGAAUUUUUGAAAUAAAACAGCAAACGACUUAGCGCUAGUAAUGAGGUGUUAUGAAAUAUACAUCUCAAAGGAAGCUAGUCGUAAAAGAGUCGACUCGGGAAUUCCGAGGAUCAGAAAAUUAUCUAAUAGCGUUCAUUAUUGUCUGGUUUCAUCUGAAUAACCAAACUGAACAAAUUCAGACAAGCCAUCUGUCACUUAGUAGUUGUUGUUGAUGAGCAGUUGUAAAUGAUAAUAUAAUUUCUAGCACACAAAAGUAUUAAUAGAUUUAUGGGUAGUCUAUUUGGUGAUGUAACGUCUAAUUAAUUUACUAGCUAAACUUCAAGGCACUAAAUUUCACGUGCAUACUACUUUUAUGCUUAUUUAAAUUCCACUGGUUACUGCUUUAAACUAUUUGGAUGCAAUAUUUCGUCAGGUUUUAAGAAUCGACAGUUUGCAAAGAAAUUUCAAAGGAUGAAAUAAAGAGUAAUCUGAGCUAUUCGAAAAGCAUCCAGUCACACAUAUUUCAUACACAGCAGAUAAACCAUUUAGAAAAACUUACAAAUAUUUAAAGGUUUUGGAAAUCAGUCAAACAUUCAAUCGUAUGGAUUUAAAAAUAGUAGCUUUUCAGACAAACAGGGUGUUAAUGUCACUUUGUACUUGAUCUUAUCAUUCUGAACAACUCAGCACUUGCUUCGAUAGCAUUCGAUCUGCACUAAUAAUAAGGACUAGACACGCAUAACAUUGAUCGCUACCCAGUGAUCAAUCAGUUGUUAUUACAUCUCAGUCUUACAGGAGGUCGGUCGCGGAUCGGAUAGCUCAGUGGUAACGUCUCUGACUGUGAAGCUGGGUGACACGAGAUCGAAUCCUCCAGGGAGCACCAGUUCCCUCAAGAUUACAGGUACACCUUGCUGACGAGUGCCAAGUAGCACGAAACCCGGGUCCAGGGUUUCCUGUCGACUACCUCGAACCACCAUCUAAUCUCACAAUAGUGCACGCAGUGUUGAGUCACCUAGGCUGGUGGCCACACUGCAACAUGGUCGAUAGCAUUCGAUCUGCACUAAUAAUAAGGAAUAGACACGCAUGACAUUGAUCGCCACCCAGUGAUCAAUCAAUUGUGAAUACACUUAACAUUGCGUCAAAUGAAUACCAAACAAACAACCUAAGGAAAGUUUAUCACAUAUAUGUGAAUAAUUCGAACACGAAACAUUGAUGCUUCGUUGUGCGUGUGUAGGGAAAAUUUAGUUCUAGUUUGUAGACAUUUUAACCAAUUUGGACGGAUAGGUUCUGUUUCAUUGUAAGAAAUGAAAUGAAGAAGUGGCUUUUGAUUAUCUCAGAUAAGGAACAAAAACAUAGUCGGUAAUAGUUAUAUUGAAAGAUCGCUUAAGUUUAGAAAAUCAGUUAAUUUAUUUUUGAAACGAAGUUUUCUGAUGAGUUUAGGAGUAAUUUUACUCUUUGGUAUACAACAGUUGGGCAAAUAGAUGACGUUUUUUGGUCUUAAAAAUUUUCAUUAGCAUACGCAGAUGAUUUUUCAGGACUGAAAAUAAGAUUAUUGAGGCUCCAAAGUAGGAAAAUUAGUUUAUCUAACAUUGGCUUAUAUUAUAGCGGCUGAUUGUGAAACAACUCUAGUUCAUACGUUUUAACUUCAGUAUGAUUAAUUCAAUAUUGUUCGACUUUCACAAAACAGGAAUCAUGACUCAUCAACUAGACUCAAAGUGGUCUAGAUUGCCUCUCCGACAUAGACUUUGAAAAAUAGUGUCUAGAUGUAAACAAAUAUGUUUGUUUGUAUUCGGUGUUUUUCCUCUGUAUCUAGUCUUUGAGGAGGACUUAGUGGGAGGUGGUUCGUUUUGUUUUUAAUGGAAAACAUCCCAAAAGGAGGUGUAUGAUGUGUUUACUAUGACGAACGAAGUUCAACCACUAUAGUUGUUCCAUUUUAAGUUGCCACUAUGUUAUUUUAACGUAAAAAUAUAUCGUCUACUAAUAACAUAUAGCGAAAGUAUUCAAGAUACUGGGGUAGAACUUAACUUUGUAUCAAAUGAGCGGAUAGGUAAUCAUGUAAAGUUUUAUCGAUCUGUUGUCGAAAGCUUGCAUACUGGCUGCGGAAAUUCCAUCAGAUUUUAUAAGAAAUUUGUUUAAAAUAUUGCUUGAAAGUGCACUGAAAAUGACUCGAAUGCUCGUCCUUAGUUUGGAAAGGAUAGCUAGUGAAACGCUCGCUUUUUAAAAAUAACAAUAUAUUAUCCCUAAGCAAUAACUUUCAUUCCUAAGUUAGAGGUCUUAUAUACUGAUAUCAAUGUAACCGUGCGACAAUCGACUAUAUAUAUAUAUAUAUAUAUAUAUAUAUAUAUAUAUAUAAGCGUGUCUGUUUUAAAUUAUAAAUGAAUUAUUUUGAGUUCGUUUUAAUAGCUCUGUAAAUAUUCAAAUAACCAUGGAUAUUGAAAAUCUUAUUCAGUUACACGCCAUACUUUUUACUGUCUUUUUUAUGAUAUUGCAGUCGUAAAUCAUGAAAGUGUUCAGGCUGUAUGCACUUCACAACCAUUUAUAUCAAGAUGAUUUGCUGGUAUUUCAUUCUCUUCAAGUUCAUAACAGAUAAAUAUAUAUGAUUUGAGUUUUCAAUGUCAUUAGUUGAUUAUAACUAGUGAUUGUUUUAACAAUAUACUAUUGCCUUUCGUAUUAUUGUCAUCAAACGGCAAUCAGCAGCUUAUUGACUGUGUCUCUUGAUUAGGAGAUAUAACACCUAAUACUCCAUAACCUUCCUUUUUGUCAUUCUCUAAAGUUAAUAUUCCUCAGCAUAUUCCAAAUUCACUUUAGAUAUUUUAAUAACGGUCAACGUUUGUUAUUAAAUUUUUGUUUCUAUUCAAUAAAAUAAUAUUUAAAUUUGUCGGUAAGAGAGCAUAUGAUAAACUUUUUUAAAGUUUCAUUGGAAUUUGUUUGCGAAAAAAACAGUAUUUCGUUUUUUCAAGUAUGUAGACUAUUGAUUUGCGUAGUUAACUGAUCAUAUGAAUCUGAUCACAGGAAUAGUGUUUUGUAUCACGGGUGCACAGCUUGUGAAAAGAAAUAAGUGGACGUUAUUUUAUAUAAAUUAUAUUGUAGUUGGCUAGUCUGUUUUAUUACUUAUGGUUACAAAUACCCUAGUGAAUUUAGCUCCCAGCUAUUCAUUGUUAGUUGCUAAUUUUCAUUUUUAGUUGUAAGUGCAUCUUGUGUGUUCACACUCAGUCAUCGACCUACAUAUCAUUUAGCAGUCCUGCCCUGCAGAUUCCCAUAAGCACACUCUCCACCCCACUCCCCCAGAGAAAUCGUACCCCCUAACCCAGUGAAAAAUUACUGACGACUGACCAAUAUAUAUGUACAUAUACUUUAUCAGGGUAGUGAUUGUAUAUACAGUAAAAAAAUUUUUCGCUUAUCUUAUGCUAUAGCUAUUGAAGAAUUUGUAACUGAAGUGGACAUCGUGUGGGAAAGGAUGAAUAAUUGUAAAUGAGAUAGAACUUCUGAAUGUUAGUUGGAGUUUCAUUCUCAAUAGGGGUUGUAGAUGUUAUACAAGAGCUGCCUAAAUAUCCACAACUCCAUUAAGUUAUAUUUGGUCUCAUUUGGACUUUUAUAUCAUAGUCCAAGUUAUUGGGAAUCAUAUUGAAGGUAAAUAAAUAUUCUAAUUUAAUUUUCGCACACUACAUUAAGAGUUGGACACUUUUACUCCAGAUGAAUUCAGAAGAUACUCAGAUUUUUGUUUUUUUCCACAUGGUCUGUACGUUUAAACAUAGUCACCGGACUGUAAUCAGUGAUGUGAUCAUUAGUGCUGACUGAAUUUUGUCGAUUAAGGUGAGAGUAUAACUACCAAGGCUAGUGACAUGACACAGAAUUAGUCAGUAGUCAUAAGCAACGUACAAUCUAGGGCAUAUAUGGAUCAGUUCAAGCUACCGCACCAUAUCAGCACAGAGAAAUGAUAAAGUAGUAGAAAUAGUGACAGUACCAGUCGUACCAUGAAAGACGAUAUGAUUCGAGGAAAAAUUUGAAUAUGUGAAAUAGCAAAGGAUCAGAUAAUUUUAAAACUCAAGGUUUAAGAACAUACGAAGAGUGAAUACAUAUGCGCUAUUGCAGUUGACUGAACCAUGUCACCCAAAGCCAGCAAUCAUUCCAUCCCAACUAGUUAGUCUGGAAAUACCAAUACGACCUAGUCCAACAGUCAUUGACUAAUGGGUCGAUGCCACGCAUUGGUUUGGCUGUUCUACACCAAAUAUUACUUGGUGAGGCAGGCGGUGUUUGGGCAUACGUAAUACCUAUCCCAACCACCUCAAGUAAUUAAGAUUUACUACCUCAUAAACCGAAUAGCCUUAAUAACUUUGUAACCUGCACCCAACAUAUGCGGGUAAUGCUUCGAAGGUAUAUAUGAUCAAAUACUGGUAACCCACGAGUAUCCUCUUUUCUUAAUGACCAUGUUUCACAGUCAUAAAGUAAAGCAGAAUGAGUUGCCUCAUAGUUAACUCUUUCAGCAGUUAGGAGGUCAUCUGACCUACACCAUAAGUGAUGCAAGUUGACAAAAACCAAAGAGGCUUCCCGAAUUCGUGCCAAGAUUUCAUCAGACCACUAAGAUUGAUGAGAAACCCAGGAUAAGUGAAGCUGUCGACGCACUCAAAUAAUUCAAUCUCUACUGUUAGUUUAGGUGUUGACGCAGACCAGUCUUGAAGCAAAAUUUCACGUUUACGAGGAAAGAAACUCAUCUCAAAUGUACUUGCAUUGUGGCUCAAGACGAUCAGAAGAUUGGACUUUGUUACCUCAUUCACUAAGCGGAACUAUAUCAUCUGAUAAUUCUAACUUAAUACGCAAAUCCCCUUGUAGGAAAUCAAUUCCUGAAAAGUCAGACGAUGAAGGCGUUAUCUCAGAAAGAGUGUCUAUAGGGAAAAUGGAAAACCAUGGAGAACACUAUCUGAUGAUAUCAAUUAUCAAGGAAGUGUGCUAUAAGCUCUGAUGUGAAGAAUAUUUUUCUAGUAGAGAGCCUUUAAAAGGUUGAUGUACAUUUUUAGUAUCCGUUUUAAUGAGAGGCUACCAUACGACUUAUCGAUCAACAGAACCGAAAGCUAUUUAAAGGCAAAGAAAUAUCACUAGACGGGCUUUGGUAGGUAUGUCUAUAUUUCAAAAUCCAACGAAGGGUGAAUAUUUGAUCGGUACAACCAUAUUCACACCUGAAGUCAUCUUUGUCUUCUUUGGUUCUCUGUUCACAAUUCCUAUUAAGCGCCAGAGAAUUGUAAUAUUCUAGAUGCUAUGGUAGUCGAACUGAUUUUUCUGUGCAUUUUGCUCCUUUUAGAUGAACUAGGAUGAUCAGUGGUUGAGACCAUUUAGGUGGAAUUAUGUUUAGUUCCCAGAUUCUAGCCAAUAUUUCAGCCCAUCUGAUUGCCUAAGCUGGGCCAUCAUUCCUAAGGAUCUUCAGGGUUAAUAAAUCGGGAUCAGCUGCCCCCCUUUUCGACUUAUUUUAAUCUCCCGCUCUGUUUCAUAAUAGUUAGAAACCUGAGAACAGUUUAAGUGUUCCUAAAAGAGUUCUGACCAUCUUUCUAGUCGUCUGAGCUGAGAGUAAAUCAUGGUUACACGUUUUUUAGAAAUAGUCCUACUAACAGCUGAAUUUCUGAUACCUUCUUUGGAAAGUUGUCUACUAUUACCUACCACUGCUCUUUCUAUCUCUCUUGUUUUCGCUUACAACCACUGGUCGCGAUCGUUAGGUACACCUUUUAUCAGUUUAUGUUCAAAUAGCCUUCGCUCCUCAUUUUAUUCGCAGCCUGAUAGAAUGUCUCUUAGCGUCGACCAAUUCAAUUGACACCAUUGGAAUUCACUGACUUCUAAUAAUAUUUUGGUUUAAGUCACUGAUAGACAUCACAGCUGUUCGGAUACUAUGCCAACCCACAUUGAGGUGGACACCAUUUCGAUGGUUGUUGAAGGACAUCUCUAGUUCUUCCUGGAGUAUUUCCUUGAGUUUUUAUCAAUAACUGGGCACUAAGGAAUCUUCCUUCCAUGGAUUUCCUGCAUCCAGUAAAACGCUAGUAGAUAUGUGCUCGCACAAGAGCGUGAUUCGAGUUUAAACAUGUGCUUCAGAAAGAUCGACGAUCCCAUGUUGAGCCUCUGAUGAUAAACGAAGACGAUAUGGUUUAUUUGAGUCCAUCAUUGAGUCGAUUUUGAGGAUCGCUAUGCCAGACAAAAUCUCUUAUGCUUGGAGUUGCCAUUUGCUAUAGAUAAACUAUUUCCUGAGGAUAGUAGCACUAGACGGCAGUCGUUGCCUAUUUGUUGACCAGUACACCGUAGUACCGAACUAAGUACCUUUCAGUUGAAUAUAGACCACCUACUUAUCCAAUGAAACUACUGCAUCUGAGUGUUUGUUUUUUUGAAGGACAUCAGAAGGCAUUGUGUAAAAAUUAUUGUGAGCAUGGGCAGAGACGACGAAUAGGCAACAGUGCGCUCUCCUCACCUUCUGAGUUCCUACAGUCUCGUUUAGUCGGACAGUGCACAAGCAACCGUCUAAUAUAAUCCAACACGGAAAAGCCUGUUUUGGUUUUAAACUUGACUCUAUGCCUACGUUAGGAAGGCCACGAGAAGUAGCGUUCAAGAUCACAAAUACAGGGUGGGUAAAUUGUUCCGGUUUCUCAAAUUGACGAGGCUAGGUCAAGCGAGCCACAAAACCUGAAUACCGUAUGCGAGUUUUGCAGAUGCAGCCAAUGGCUAGUGAAGCUUGUUCUCCGAUUUAGCAUUACGUCCGAACAUUGAAAUGCCUAACACUUAUUCUAGACAUCGGUUUAAGGAAACUAGGAGUAGAGUUUCGUGAACCCAAUUUUUUAACGUAUAUGGUGCCUGAAGACAAAGAUAGAGUUCUAGGAGAAGGGUUGAUAGUGGGGAUAUGAGAAACGUCAAGAAGUGACAAAGAUUUUUUCAGGAACAAGAUGCUCUCGUGUAGUUCAAGAGAUGUAAGAGCAGUUUUCAGUUCCGGGUUGUCCAUUACGUGGAAGAAUUCUAGAGGGACCUGAAAAGGAAGCUGGAUUGGUAAUUGUCUUAGUGACUCGAGGUGGUGAACUCAGUGUUCAAGGAACAAUCUGUUUGAGGCACGUUACACAUGGUUUUCUUGCAAGUGGUUAUAGAUAUGCUAGCUCCGUACAUUUUGCAGGCCUCAUAGCAGGCGAUGGAAACCCAUGAAAUAAAGUGAUGUGUAAUAUUUUUAGGGUCUAUCUUUUAUGAUCCCUUCCACCCGUUGUGGGAAUGCAGUAUCACUGGAGAUGCCAAUUGUUUACUAUCCCACCUCUGUACAGUCACUAGUACAACUUAGCCCUCAGACGUUAGGUUGGUGCUUUAGUCUUACCACUAUCAAACAGACUUGUCUGGAAUGGUAGGACCUAAAGGAACAAGUAUUCCUAUCAGUAUGGCUCGAUUGUAUCAUUAUUAACGGAAAGGCCGACCGCCACGUCAAAUUAGCAGUUACGGCAGGAUUACGAAUCGAAAUAUCAUUUUGGUAACUGUUUUGUUCAUUUUGCGUGCUUCGAAUAAAAUCUACUAGAGAAACAGUAUUGAACGCUAGUAAGUUACAAAUGACGUCUCUACUUGGAAUAGUAACAUAAGUUCCAGUCUCAUUGAUAGCAUGAGAUUUCUGAAUGCUGUAGAUAGAUUUUGGUUUCAAAGUCCAGACAAACCCAAAACUUAGUUAUAUCUAUAUACUAUCUAGGUCGGUGGGAUCUAACCAUUUUACAGAUUAUUCUAGGCCUGUGAUUACUAUUCGGCUGGUACGUUUCAGCGUUUAUCCAGUUUAUGUACACUGGAAGUACAGAUAUGAACCUAGAUAACUUUAUUGUAAAUUACUAUCUAGUGAAAAUUUGAGCAGAUACACGUAUUUUCGCAAACGAAAUUUUCAAGUGAACAGGUGUUUUCAGUUACUUUUUCAGGGCCUGUAUUUAUAAAUCUAUAAAUAUUAUGUUAAAUUAGGCUCUCUCUCUAUAUAUAUAGUUGGAUUAAUCAAUUAUAAUUUGAAAACUAUGAACUUCGCGUCUUUUAUGCUUUGAAUACCUACAAAUACAUCAUUGAAAUUUAAAUGUCAUAUAAGAAAGGGUAAGUAAAAAAAAUGAUGUACAUUUUCUUUAUGUACUCGUAUAGUGGAUAGGAUGUCCGUUCCUACAUGAUAGUCAGAUAAAGCUGUAUGCGCACCUGGGAAGUAUGCUUAUUGUAUCAUACUAUUUGUUGAAAACAAAGGAAGGACUAAAUGUGAACCACAGCUUCUAUAUAUAGAUGAGUUGAAUGCUGAGAGAAUAUCUUUUUUUUAAAAAAGUACUUGUCAGUUGAGUUUUCUAUGUAAAUUACUUGGAACUAGUAAUUGUAGGUGGCUGCAGCUAUAAAACACCUUGUUCACUUUUUUGUAUUUCCAAAUUCUCACUGGUAUACACGUUGUUCUCCUAGUCGAUAGAUUUUAAUAAUUGCAUAUUCGUUUUCCACUUUAACCAAAUCUCUUCAUAUGGCCUUAAAAAAUGUUGAUCAAUUUCGUCGUAACACUAUUUUUGUUUCUUUUUAUCUCUAAAAGGAUAAGACUUUGGUAUACAUAGUAUGUCUCGUGUAGUACGCCUGCCUAACCAGAAAUCCAUAAGCAGACGGAAAUAUAAAUAAUAAUUUUUUCUGUCUGUCUCUCACUCACUAUUAAAAGUACAAUCUUUGUGACUAAAAAAUUUAGAUUUUAGUGACAUUCAAAAAUGUGUAGAAUGCUAAUGCGGGCCAUCACUUUGUUGAGACCUACCAUUGUUAAGUAAAACAAAACAAAGAGAUCAACAAUGAUAGCAAAAUAUUUUUUAAUGAAACGAAUCAGAUAUUUUGCUGACCUUUUGAACAUUUAUGGUAUUCUGUUGACUGAAUAAAUCAGCAUAGUAAAAUUUAUCUUAAGUAACUAGUUUAAUCAUAAAUGACAUGUUAAAGUUUAAGAGAGAAAUAUGGUGUAGUUGAAAAUAAUUAUUCAAUAGACAGGAAUAUCGGGCCCACAUAACAAUGGGAAUUAGGACUUUCAGUCAAUGGAGAUCUUUAUUUUCUCAAGAAGUUGUAACCAACUAUAUCAUUCUAGUUCUAUUUCCUAAUCGCUAUGAAUUCAUGAUAGAAAAUUAUGUCGGGAUGAAUGAUAGUCAUAAUAACAUAUUUUGUUUAGUAAGUGAUAACAAAUAAAAGGUCAGCAAAGGUAGAUUUCAUUGUAUGUCAGGAAACCUUUUGACAAGAGAGCGAGGUGAAAUUACAUUUAAAUGAGUGAAUCAGUGUAAAGAAGAAAGCACUUGCAAAGAAGUUUAAAAUCUAUGAGUCCAAAACAGGGGAAUGGUUUAUUGUACCGACUCAAAGCCAUAGUCGGACAUCAACGAAUACACCACGACUGCUCACAAUUUAGCACUCUAAAAUGCAGCAUGCACUUAUUAUCAGAAAGGAGGGAAAGAAGUAUGCUUAUGAUUACUCAGUCAUAAGAAGUGAAUACCCUAACAGAGUUCCGCAAUUUUACAGUAUCACUCUCUGUUGUCUGCAAAUGGAAAAUCCAGUCAACCAGGAGGAAUACGAAAUGUAGCCAAGAAACCUUCAGGAGUGUUGACACUAUUAACCUUUUUUGACAAGGAUCUCAUAACACUUCUUUGAUGUUUUGAAUUAUUUGAAUUGUAGUAUGAACUAAGAAUCCCCGAAAUAACGCAAUUGAAUCAAGAAGUAUAAGACAAGCACGAACGAAUGUAUUGUAUUUAGAAUUCGAAAUCAAGCAUUCAACAAGUACAAAGAAAUCAUCAGUUCAUUCAAACACCACAAUUUCAUAGGACGGUGAUAUAGCAGGCCUUAAAUUCAUAGGUUCGUGUAUGAUCUAAAAGGCUAAUAUGUAAAUUUUGCUGACUUGUUAAGUGGAUUUUAAUCAUGUUUAUUUUGUGUAUAAUAUUUUGCAUGUAUAUGUCUAAUUACAUUACGUAAAAUGACUUAUUUCUGACCAGCUAUUUCAUCAUUUUUGUUAUCUAUUCAUUGUGGGUUUGGAUCAGUCGUUUUUAAUUUGUGGCAGUUAUCAUUCAGUCAUAUUCAAUCUACACAUUUAAUCUUAAUUCUCAAAAUCAUACAGCUUUUUGACAGUAAUGACAGUAAAGAUUAUUUUGAUAUCUAUGUCUCAAUGGUGGAGAUUACUCUCAAAAAACUUCUGUUCAACUAUUUGGCGAAAAUCGUCUAGAUAAAAGUAACCAAAAUCUUUUGACAUCUUCAAAUUAUUGUAAUAAAAAUUAUCAUGUGGGACUCCCUAAAAUUUAUGAUGGCUUAACUUAUCUAAUAAAAUAAUAAAAUGGCUGAGGUAGCCGAACUGAUAAUUUUAUUACAAAACCAAUCACCGAGUUCUAACUAGACGAAUUUUAGAUGAUAGGACUAUUAUUUUGGAGACUAAAACAGAUAUUUAAGUAAACAGUAUCAGAUAAAUAUAUCACUUUGGUAAAGUGAUUAUUCAAUCUGAUAGAUCACUGGAAAUUCAGGAUUGAAGAUAGGAUUCUAUUCUCGUUACGUAUGUGAUAUUACACAACAUUCACUGGCCUAAGGGCAUUCUUUAAGACAAUUUGCUGCAUUUAGAAGGAAACAAGAUAGCCGAAAUCUUGAUCAUAAUGUGAAUUAGCUAGUUCAGGGAACCAUGAGAUAUUGUCUUCUGCAAAGUAAGACAAAUAAUAAGCUUUUAAACAGUAAUUCGAAAGAUGAGUCAUCAGUUUGUGGCUUUAACGGGUAAAAACAAUUAUUGACUAUUAGAGUUACAGAUAGUUCGUAGGUAACUUAGCUUUAAUUUCUUCUAACCGCAUAUCACAUAAGCUAGAGUUAUCAUCAGUUUUCUGCCGUGGACAUAUCUGUUGUACUAUGACCCGAUAUAAUGAGAAACAAAUAUAAAAAUGAGGAUGUUAUGGAUGAUGUCAUCCCAUCACAUAUAACAGCUUUUGAUGUUGGUUCACAUAGACCCAUGACCUUAAUAAAAAAAAUUGAUAGAAAAGCAUUAGUCAGUGAUAAGGAUUUGAUUGUAUGAGAUUAGCGACUGAUUGUUUACAGUUAAGUCAUUUCUAAUUUGUUUUUAUUAUCCUACUACUUAAACUGUACUGGUAAUUAAAAACAGCUCCACUAACUAUACUUCAGUUUACUGUUUUAUUGAAUUAACAGGACUUUGAUUUGACGAAUGCCGUACCUGUAUUUUUACGAUUAUCUAGAAACGACAUCUAUGCAUAAUUAUCUGAUUGGUUAUCUGGUUAAUAAUUAGCGUUUGCCAAAGUUUUAUUGAUUUCAUGUGUAGUUAUGAUAAACAGAGAUAAAUGUAUAACAAGUCUAAAUAUUUAAGUGGAUUGGGGGGGGAGAAUCAUAACGUUUAGCUUAUCAAUCUGUAAAUCGUAGUAAUUUGUAGGUGGACUUUGUUUUGUUUUGAGAAACGAUUGAAUAAAUCACAUAUACAUAUAAUAUUUUAAAUCAUUCGUCAUAUUACUGAAUCUAACUAUUGAGUAAACUAGAUAUUCCUAGUGUUAUUGACAUCUACUGAAUAACAUUACUUGGGUCAUCUCGCUUUCUCGUCAAAGGUCCGGGGAAAUUUUAACUAAAGGUUUUCAACUUGUGAAAUUUUUUAAUGGUUAAGAACGGCAUUCACGGCUCGUUUAGGGGAUAUAAAACCUUAUUUUAAAUCUUUCAAUCAUUUCCUUUAGUUAGCAAUUUACUAUUAACAUUGUAAGAUUCUUGAAACCGAAAUACAAACAUGGUGUUUAUCUACAGAUUUCAUUGAAUUUUACUGAGUUUUGGUUCUCUUUUCCGUUCUGUACAUCCAUAUUACGAAAAACAAUAGUUCAUGUUCAAGAAUUUUUUGUUCGAACACAAUUGGUCUAGGAUGAUUUCCCUCUGUCUGAAAUAGAUUAUUUUAAUGGAUUGUACUGUAGAGAAUUUCGUAGUACAAGACAAAUCAACUAAGCAUGACUAUUUGACUGAAAUAACGAGUCACUUCAAAAUGUUCAGGUUGUACUUUUUAAAUUUUAUGUACAUUACCUGAUUCAUUAAAGUGUACAAAUAGUGGAACACUCAAUACCACUUAAACAGGAUCCAAGUGAUUUUGAAAAGUUUAGUUGAAGUAGAUAAGCUUUAUUGCAUCUUUGUAGUUAGCCAGUUAAAUAAUUACCUAGUGAUAGCAGAAACAACUGUGGUUAACUGGAUAUCCGCUUUAGUUAUAUUUGCUGAAACUAUCACUUAUUCAUUAGUUCUUAUCAUCUGAAUUGACUGAUUAAAAAAGUCACAUACAAUACAUUUGUUAGAUAUUCAAACAUUUUGCUGUUCAUUUCAAAC